AUGAGCGAGAGUGAAAGUACCUGGUGUCGCUUCUGAUUUCCGACGGCCUGCAGAGGCAGAAAACAUGCCUGACUGAUGAGUGGAAGAUGAGAUGCUGUCCAAAACCGGGAUGUGUGUUUGUUCUAAAGUUUUAAGUUUGAAGGAAAGGCUGCGUUUUUGAGUCAUCGUCAGGCUUCGAGCAACAUGUGGCGCGGGAGGAAACAACUUAUGGAACCGAGCCUGAGAAAUCCUCACCAUCUGCAGCCAUGAAGUGCCGGUAGAGAAAAACUGUCCCUGCAUCAUCUCGACAACCUGUGUGUGUGUGUGUGUGUGUGUGUGUGUGUGUGUGUGUGUGUGUGUGUGUGUGUGUGUGUGUGUGUGUGUGUGUGUGUGUGUGUGUGUGUGUGUGUGUGUGUGUGUGUGUGUGUGUGUGUGUGUGUGUGUGUGUGUGUGAGGGAUGUAUCGCUUAACCCAGGAGAAGGAGAAGUAAGAGUGCAGCUGUCCUGGUGCAGGAGCAGCAACAUUUGACAUCCAUCACAGAGACUGGUAAUGUCACGUGAACGACUGCCUUUCAUUGGUUCAUCUGGGAGCAAAGCCACAGCUCUCCAGCGCCACCACCAGGCCAGUAAUAACAGAAGACUCAACCAGCAGCAGACACCCGCCUCCUCCUCCUCUCACCCUCACCCAGGACCACCCACCACCAUCCUCCUCGCCGACACCACCAUGACGCCAUGGGGCGGCUUGGAUCUCGCCGAAUCCUCCUUUACCUCCAUCCCCCCACCACUUCCCCCACGACCUCCACCACCCCCUCCUCCGCCUCCGCCGCCUCCUGCUCCUCAGCCCACGCCGUCCACUCCUUAUCGCGGGAGACGGGGGGAGGAAGAAGAAGAAGAAGAAGAAAGGUCAAGUUCGAGUAUCGACUCUGGAACUCCAUGUCCAGCUCUGGCAGUUCCUCAGAACAGCGGAGGUGGAGUGGGUAGAGGGCUGCGGGCGAGGAGGAGGGUUUUGCCUCAGCGCCGGGCCCCCCGUCCUCCCCGUCUCCCACCUCUGCGUCCGGUCACCAACCUCAGCUUCUCCCGGAGCUUCACUUUCUCCUUCUUCGAGCUGCCGCUGCACCAGUCUCCUCGCUGCAGGGCGGAGCGCGUCAGGAACCUCUUGCUGCUUCUGAAGCAGAUACACUACUGAUGGACAGCCGGUUGUCUGCAAACAAUCUCAUUAUCAAUCACUUUUUAAUUAGCAGUGGUGCAGUGAGAUAUGUGUUAUUAGUUAAAUGAAUGAGAUUACAUGUGCACUCAAUUAGAUCUGUGUGUAUCAGUUUUAAAAUACUACAUUUGAACAUUAUGAAGAUUGUGCAGGGGUUUGUUUGCUACAUUGAUUUUUUUGUGUGUGUGUGUUGUUGCAAAGAUUUGUUUUUAAUGACCUCAGGAUCAGCGGGGCCCUGAAUUUCACAUUAUGACAACUGGCAGGUGAAGUGAGUAACACUGUUGUUGUAUCUUUUUAUGGUGUCACCUGUCAGUAGAUGGGAUAUAGUAGUGAGUAUUUUGCACCUGGAGCAGUUUUUCUCCUUGUUGGCACGUCAGCAUCAGGCAUAGACCAGGAAGCAUUGGGAGGAGAUAAAGAGGACGUGUUUGGGCUGCAACAAUGUUCAGGUGGUGUUAACGUCUCAAAGAUUCACUCUAAUGCCAGAACCCAGGUUUCCCAGAAGAACAUUAUGUUAUUCAACUCACCAGUUGGUGGUUUUAAUGUUGUGGCUGAUCCGUGUAUAAAUCCCCAAGAGUCCCAACUCUUUUUUUCUUGUGUUUCUCCUUGGCAUCAGUCAUCUAUUUUAGAUUUUUAUCCUCUGAAUUCAUCAAAAACUUUAUGGGGACAGUUUCUAGAAUUUAUGUCGCUGCUUCCUGAAUUCACAGAACUUUGGUUGCAUUAAUAACCUUGUAUUCCCUCAUAGAGUACUCUCCUACAGUUAUUCUGCGUUUUAGUGCUGUCAAACACACCACUACAGGUGAGCAAAGGUGUUAAUGUUGCCAUACGCACCAGACCAAACAAAGAACGACUCUUAAACAGAUUUGCAAAAGAGGUCACAGAGUCUGCUGACUUGAUUAACUCCAGCAGUCAUUCCACAGCCGCGGGGCCCUGACUGCAAACACAUUGUCAUCCAUUGUUUCCAGCCAGGCCCCGGGGACACCUGAGGAUCUCAAGGCAUGUGCCGUGAUAUCAGUGAUAUAGCCCUGAAUGAAGAGCUGUAAAAGUCAUCAAUAAGACCUUAAAAUCAGCUGUAAAACAUACAGGUAGACUGAUGAGUCUCUGCUGAUACAAGAAUGGUGUGAUCCCAAAUCAU